AUGAAGAGAAGAACACAUCCAGAUCCCCUGUCUGAUAUUAGUAACAUUUCCAGUUUGACGGACCGUUCUCGGUGUUAUUCACCCAGUCAACAGUUCACGAAAUCUGACUCGUGCAAUGGUCGUUGGAAACGUAGAGUUAUGUGUAACGAGAACUGGAAUCCUCUCGUGGAUGUAACUAAUAACGGUGUUGAAAGUUCGUCUUUCCGAAAAGGUGCAACUGAAACUUUUAUGACACCAGUAACUGAAGAUGUUGUUCCCACUAUAUGCAAGUUUCCGGUUUCCAGCGUUAUGGGGAAAAAAUAUUCUUCGAAGCAAGGUAUUGAUCAAUUUGUUUUAGUUCACGAUAUUUUGCGCAAUGGUUUUUGUUAUCGUGUUCUCCGUAGAGUGGUUUUGACAGAUGACAAUAUACAGUAUGUUUCUCUUGGAGGACCAACUGAGGAGUGUGAGCACCGCCAUGCAAUAAUGUGGAAAGAAGAACGAAGCAAUAAGAAGGUCACCAAAGGCAAAGCUCGAUUUAUGAAGUGUUGUAUUGAUGGGGAUAUUCGUUUACCUAAAGCGAAGAAAACUCCGUCGUACCUGAAAGCUUUGUACGAAGAUCCAGUUGAAGGUCCUCUAUUUCAUGAAAAUAUUGCUAUAUACAAUUGCAUGUUUGCUUUCACUUCGAUGGGAGGUAAUGUUGAUAGGUCCAUAAACAAUGGUGGCGGCCCUGUAGUGUUUAGGUUGAAUGGUGUCAUCAUUCAUCAGUUUGGUUCUUUACUUCCCCUUGAACCAGGCAACCCAAAAUUCUGUCAAAUGUAUAUAUAUGACACCGAAAACGAAAUUGCCAAUCGAAUGCGAUGGAUUGACAAUCCUCAGAAGAGAGGGAUUAAUCCAAAAAUUGAGGAAGCGUUGAUUAAAAUGUUCGACAAGAUUAACGUCUUAGUCCAAAAAUUUCGUCAAGCACGUGAUCGUUUUAAGGAAGAUAAUAUUGUUCCGCUAAAGAUUCAUAUGAAAGCAUCCCGUUCUGUUACUGGUCGUCCUAAUAACAUAUCAUCUUCAGAUGAAGUUGCUGCUGUUCUGGUUGGGGAUGCGAAGUAUACAAAAGGAGUAUGUGACAUCGUAGUUGAUAGUAAGAUGGUUGGACUAAAGCGAAUUUCCGAUAUCCAUCCCUUGCGAGCUGCUCUACAGUAUCCUAUACUUUUUCCCAAUGGAGAAGAUGGUUACCAUGAAGGCUUAAAGUACUUUAAGAAAGGAAGGAAGAAAAACGAUUAUACGUUGCGGCUUGGAGGAAGGCUUGUCCAACAAUAUGUCGUUGACUCUUUCGCUUCGAUUGAACAAGCAAGGCUUUAUUGGGUUAAGAAACAUCAAGAAGAGUUAAGAUGUGAUUUGUACAAUAACAUACGUGACCAGGUCAGAAUUGGUCUUGGUGAUAGUUCGAAUGUUGGUAGAUCAUACAUUUUACCUUCUUCAUUCACUGGUUCUAAACGAUAUAUGCAACAAAAUUUUCAAGACGCUCUUGCUGUUUGUCGCGUUAUUGGACAUCCUGAUCUUUUUCUUACCAUGACUUGCAACUCUGAAUGGGAUGAACUGAACAAGAUGAUGAAACUUUUACCUGGAUGUCGUGUUGAAAAUUGUCCAGACAUUAUAGCCCGAGUCUUCAAACCUAAAGUUGAUCAACUUUGCCAUGACAUUCAAAAGAAUGACAUAUUUUGGGAAAUGUACUGCGCUUUGUUUACAAGUUUUGUUUCAACUGCAGUGAUGUAUGUUGUUGAGUAUCAAAAGCGUGGUCUUCCACAUAUUCACAUGUUGAUCUGGUUGGAUAGUUCAGCAAAACCAAAAACCUGUGACAGAGUGGAUGAAUUGGUGAGUGCUGAAAUUCCAAACCCUGACGAAGAACCUGAGCUAUACGAAGCUGUUAAGAAAUUUAUGAUUCAUGGUCCUUGUGGAAAACAAAACAGUAAAUGUGCUUGCAUGAAAGAUUUCAAGUGCACCAAACAUUUUCCAAAGAGGUAUUUGACAUGUACAUCAUUUGAUAAUUCUGGAUUUCCAAUUUACAAACGCCGUAAAACAGCUAAUCGGGUCAAGGUUCGCAAAACCUUCCUUGAUAACCAAUGGGUUGCCCCGUAUAACAAAUAUCUUCUUCUUCGAUAUCAAUGCCACAUAAAUUUAGAAAUUUGUGCUCAUGCGAGUAGUUUGAAAUAUUUGUUCAAGUAUUGCCUUAAAGGACACGAUCAAGCCACUGUACUCAUAAAGACGCAGAAAGUAUCUAAUCCAACUGGAACCAAAGAAUGUAUCAUUGAUGAGAUAAAGACCUUCCUCGAUGGUCGUUACAUAUGCGGUGUUGAAGCUGCUCAUAGAAUAUACGGCUUUGAUGUGCAUCACAGGACAAUAGCGGUUCAACGCCUUCCCUUCCAUCUACCUCAUGAAAAACCCUAUACUUUUCACAGUAGGGAUAAUCUUGCUUCAGUAGAGAGAUUAUGGUCAGUGAAAAAGAGCAAGCUCGAGGCUUAUUUUGAAUUGAAUAAAAUGGAUAGAUCUGCUCGGAAAUACUCUUAUAGUCAAAUCCCUCAAUUUUAUGUUUGGGAUGGCCAAUCAUCAAUAUGGUCUUUACGAAAGAAGGGUUAUCAAAUUGGUAGGUUGACUUACAGCCAUCAUGGCAGUGGUGAAUUGUGGUAUUUAAGGAUGCUUCUUUGUCGAAUUUGUGGUCCAACAUCUUUCGAAGAUCUUAUAACUGUCGGAGGAGUUUUGUUCCCUUCUUUUCAUUCUACAUGUUAUGCUCAUGGUUGGCUUGCCAGUGACAAGGAAUGGGACGAGGCUUUAACCGAAUGUUCUUCUAUGGGGAGGAAGGUAACAUGCAAGAUUGAUUUGGUGCUAUCCAACAAAGAGAUAGAGUGUUAUGCACUUGCUGAAAUUGAUAAUCUUCUUCGUUCAGUUGGGAAACCGCUCCAACAUUUUAAAAGUCUGCCUCAGCCUGACGAGUCGUACUUAAAUAAUGGGAAUAAUAAUUUAAUCAUUGAAGAAACAACAUACAAUGUUGAGGAAGAGAUCCAAAAGCAUAAUUCAAUGGUUUCGCAACUUAACCAUGAGCAACUGGAAGUUUAUGAGAGCAUUAUGCAUUCUGUGAAUAAUAAAGAAGGAGGGUUGUUUUUCAUCUAUGGAAGUGGAGGUUGUGGUAAGACAUAUUUGUGGGGCACCAUAAUUUCUAAACUUCGGUCUGAGCGUAAGAUUGUCCUGCCUGUUGCUUCAUCAGGCAUUGCUGCAACCUUGAUGCCUGGUGGUCGUACGGCUCAUUCACAUUUCUGGAUACCUAUAAUAAUUGAUGAAGACUCCUCAUGCAACAUAGCUCAUCAUUCUGAUAUUGCCCAACUCCUUAAGAAGACUGAGCUUAUUAUAUGUGACGAAGCGCCUAUGCAACACCGGUAUGCCUUUGAAGCACUGGAUCGUAGUUUACGUGAUAUAAUGAAGUCAGUAUCUUUAGAAAGAAAUAAGAAACCAUUUGGUGGAAUACCAAUUGUGCUUGGUGGUGACUUUCGUCAGAUAUUACCCGUUAUAAACUAUGCACCACGUGGAGAAGUUGUAUCAUCCUCUAUCAACCGAUCCAGGCUGUGGGAUGAAUGCAAACUGUAUAUGCUUAGUGUUAACAUGCGAGUAAACAGAGGCAAGUCUAAAGCGGAGAAAGAGCUAGCUCAUCGUUUUAAUCAGUGGGUGCUUGAUAUUGGUAAUGGGAAGAUUCCCCGGUGUACUGAAGACGUAGAUGUUUUUGAUGAUUUUAAUGUUCAGAUUCCGGACGAGUUUUGCAUAAAGUCUGACAAGUUUUCUGUUGAGGAGAUCAUCAAUUCCACUAAUCCAGAUCUCCUGUCAAAUUUUACAGAUGAGCUAUACAUUAGUGAGGGAGCUAUCUUAAGUCCUACGAAUGAAGUAGUUCAUGAAGUGAAUGCUGUAAUUCUUGAUAAGCUGCCCUCCGAAGCCCACUCCUAUUUGAGCGUAGAUUCUGCUGAAGAAAUUGGUGAAUCAGAAGAUGAGUUUAAUGCCUCCUUUCCUGACGAGUAUUUAAAUGCUCUAAAUGAGCCCGGUCUACCACCGCACAAUCUUAUACUAAAAGAGAAUGUUGUGGUCAUGCUAAUGAGAAAUUUAAAUCAGAUCAUGGGUUUGUGCAACGGAACAAGAAUGAUCGUAAGAAAGUGUUUCAAACAGUGCGUGCUAUGUGAAGUCAUAUGUGGCACCCAUAGAGGUACUCUUCAUUUUAUUCCUAGGAUUGAAAUGUCUCCAACUGACUCUCGCCUUCCUUUUAAGCUCAACCGCCUUCAACUUCCUCUCCAAAUUUGUUACGCCAUGACCAUUAACAAGUCUCAAGGUCAGUCUCUCGAUACAGUUGGUCUGUACCUACCAAGUCCUGUUUUUCCCAUGGGCAGCUUUACGUAG